AUCCUAGGAAGAAGGCCUUGGCUAUUCACCCUGUCCAUGCUUGCCAUCAUUUCAUAAGCCUCCAUAAGGUCACCCCUCAGCCUCCAACGCUCCAGGAGAAAAAGCCCCGCCCUACUCAGCCUCAAACUCAAACCCUCCAAUCCCGGCAACUAUCUCGUAAAUCUUUUCUGCACCCCCUCAAGUUUUAACACCAUCUUUUGGAUAGAACGGUGACCAGAAUUGAAUGCACUAUUGUAAAAAUGGCCUUACCAAUGUCCUGUACAGCCGCAACAUAAUGUUCUGACCAAUGAAGGCAAGCAUGCCUAACACUUUCUUCUUCAUUCUGUCUACUGGUGACUCCACUUUGAAGGAAUUAUGCGCAUGCAUCUCUAGGUCUCUUUGUUCGGCAAUACUCCCUACCAUUAGCUGUACAGAUCCUGCCCUGAUUUACCUCAAAUUUAUCUGAACUGAACUCCAUCUGCCACUCCUCGGCCUUGAUCAAAUCUUUGUUCUUUAAUUUUUUCCUUCCUCCACUGUAUCCUAGACCAUACUUUUUGUUCUUCUUGCCCCCACCUUCAAUUACAUUAAACCUGUCACACUUCUACCUCACUUCAGCUCUGAAAGAGUCGUAUUUGACUCCAACUCUGUUUCUGUCUCCACAGUUGUUGUCAGAUCUGCUGAGCUUUUCCAACACUUGCUGUUUCUAUUCCAACUUCCCAACAUCUGCAAGUAUUUUGCUUUAAUUAUGCUAUCACUGGGUAGUUCUUAGUUCUGCUGACUGCUUUGUUGUUCUGCUGACUGCUGCUUCUUCUCUUGACCAGUGUGAAUGCCUGUGUGGAUGUUGUGGUGUGUGCAGUUGGACUUUUGAAAGCACUUGCCUUGGAUCCUGGAAACAAAGUGGACCAUGACACCCUUCAAUCAAGAGAGCAUUUGAAGGAAACCUUCUCCUACUUCAUGGAUAAAGGAGUUGCAGCUGAACGAUUCUUCACAGACAAAGAACUCUUUCAAAAUAUUGCGCAGACUGCAUCACAGUUCCCAGGAGCUAAGCAUUUUGUUGGAGGAAAUGCUGCCCUGAUCGGCCAGAAGCUGAGCACGAAUCUAAACCUUUCGGUGAUGCUGUGUGGCCCAGUUGGCCCCAAACUUCGUGAACUCUUGGAUGAUCGAAUUAUUGUCCCAGCAGAAUCGCUGCAGGAGAUGGAUGAGUAUCACCUCAUUCUGGAAUAUCAAAGUGGGGAUGAGUGGGGGUCGAUUAAAGCACCUCAGGCCAACCGCUUCAUUUUCUCUCAUGAUGUGUCAAAUGGAGAGAUGAACAUGAUGGAGACCUUCAUAACAAGUCUGGAGGAAUUUGAACCUGAGCUGGUUGUCCUUUCGGGUCUGCACAUGAUGGAAGGACAGGGGAAGGAAGAACGAAAUAAGAGACUCCAGGAGGUUAGUCUGUUAAUCUCAGAGAUUCCGAAUGAGAUUUCAGUGCACCUGGAGCUGGCCAGCAUGACCGAUAAGACGUAUAUGAAUACCAUCGUGGAUCAGGUAACCAUUAUUUUCUGUGGUGGUGGGAUCAAGACUCUGCGUAAGAAUGUGGAUAUAACUGAUCAGAUCAUAAAGCUGUUGGACUUGGUCCCUGAUGUCUGCUGAGUUGCCUGAUCUAAG